GAAGUAUAAGUAGGAUAUAAGUUUGAUUCCGAAAGUCCAAUAAUAGAAAGUUCAGCAGUGUAUGAUAUAACGUAGAGGUGAAAUUAUGCAUAUUAUUUAACCUUGCUUAAAUUUGAAUGUAAUCGAAAGUUUAUAAAUUUACAUCUAUGAUCUAAUAGCCAUUUUAAGAUCUUAGUUUCACUGUAGAUUUCGUAGAACACAAACGUAAAUCGUCAUAAAAUGAGUUAUAUUCUUGCGUCUGCAGUUUGUUUGCCUAUUGUUUCUGAGUCAGUUAUUACUGAGCACAGAUACACAUAUCGGAGAAUGUCCAGUUCAGGUUUAACUUCUGAAGCUCAGCUUCGAUACAUGAUUCAAUGGUUUGAAGAGUUUAGUGAACUGCAGAGAGAGGAUUUCUUGCCAAUACUUGCUGCUGCUCAUGGAGAUAAACCUGAUCAGCUAACUGCAGGUCUCUCUACACUUACCUGUGAAGACAAGCCCCUGAGCCUGUUUCAGUGUCGUAUUAAGCUAUUCAAUGAAUGGUAUCCAACAUGGAAUGAGGAUCAAAAAGAACGCCUGAUUAAGGCAGUAACCGAGACUGACCCAGAUUUUGGAGAAAAACUCCAAGACAUUCUUACAAAUGGCAUCAAAGUAAAUGGGAUGGACGAGUUUUUUGCUACAAUUGAAUAUAGUGAAAAUAAUGAAUCGAUUGCAACUGAACAGCCAUCAGAGGGAGAAAAUCUAGUAACUCAAGAAGUUGCUGUAGAAAUAGCAGCAGCUUCCUAAAAUAUUAUCAAGGUAUAUUGAAAUUGAGGAAAUAACACAUUUUCUUAAUAACUUUAAAAUAAAUGUAUCAACAAUACUAUGACACAAUAUGGAAUCCAAAAAAAAUAUAUGACUUUCAUUUCAUUGUUUUGUACAAAAACUUGUGCUUGCAAACUUUAGCUUAAACAUUAUUCUUGGAGUCUAUAUUUGUGUCAUUCAAGAUAUUUAUAAAUGCUGCAAAAGCACAAUAUGUAGAGGUAUAGAGAGAAGACUUUAAAACUAUUUGGUUUCUUUAAGUUAAAAAGAUGUUUGAGUCUGUAGAACAAAGAAAAAGAAUCAAAAACAUUUUUGGCAUUAUGAGCAUCAGACUUAAUCUUGACUGAAGGUAAAAGAGCGGUGUAUUAAUUUUAUUAUUAUUUAAUAUUUCACCAAUUAUCUAUGAGUUCCCAAAUUGAUAUGAACUUAUAAUAAGGAUAAGUAUAUACUUUUAUACUUCAGGUGUGCAGCUUUUUUUAAUGUCUUUUCAUAUAGAUGUAAAAGAAAAUGAUUUGCAUAGACCUACCUUUUUUGUUUUAUAUGUAAUAUAGUCAUAUAUUUAUUGCAAAGAAGCACAAUUCUUCACAUAGUUAUACUAUAAACAUAUAUCUUGCCAUUUGCAGUCUAUUGAUACACACUUACAAAACAUUCCUAUCUUUAUGUGUAUAGUUUUUAGUACAUAUAUUAUGUAUCAUGUAGUCUUAGAAAAGAAAUAUUAAAAUGUCAUUCCAUUUUAAAGGUUGUCAAGUACAAAUGUCAAAAUUACAUAUACUACAUUCCAUUUAGCAUUCAUUUAUAAUUUCUAUUUUAUUUUGAGUAGGGAUGGUAGAAAUAACUCCUUUCGCUUCUCAAGAAUUGCUAAGAUAAGUCUUGAAGAAUGAGUAUAUAUUUUUCUUCGAUAGAAAACAUGCCCUUAAUUAAAAUUGAAUCUCGCAGUUACAAUUCUUUUAAACAUUGACAAAUACAUCGGUGUUUUAGUUAUGUUGCAUCCAAAGAAUAUGAAACAAGUACAAAACACAUAUUGUGCCAAGCGUGAACAUUCCUUUAUUUUCAUGUUAAUAUAUUACUUUAUUGUCAUUGAAUAUUAUUUCGUAGUGAUAAAAGGUGCUGGCUAUGUAUGUGUGAAUGAAAGUAUCUGCAGUUUUUUCGUAUUUAAAUAAAGUAUUAUUCCCUA